CUGUGUUUUGUCUAUUAAAUAGUAUUUUACUGAAACAAUGAGGCUUAAGCUGAUAGUGACUGUAGACGUGGACAAUCACAGGCUGUUUAAUUAAUUAGUAUAUUGUUUUAAAUCAAAAGAAUUUUCGAGUAGAGAUAAAAAACCAUUUAUAAACUAGCUCUGCAAAGCGAAGAGUCAUUCUAGUGAAAACUUCCACUAAGAACAAGUCAAGAUGGCCUUUAAAGUUGUGAUCUUCUGCGCUGUUGCUGUCCUUGUCCAGACCAUCUCUGGUCAGAAAUGUGGCUGCUCAAGCGGCGGCUCGAGGGGCUCCAGCAGCUCCCUCAGCUCCAGCUCUAUCUCAAUCUCCAACAGCGGCGGCGACCUCCUCGUCAGUAGCGUCGGCCCCAUUUCUCCCUCCGGCAUCGCCGUCUCCUCUGAGCUCGGCCUGAGCGGAGACUUGGACGUUAACGGGGAACUGCCGUUCCUGAGCGCCGUGGAGUUCUCGGGCAAAUAUGACACUAAAGGGUCUGGCUGCGUCGACUACAGCUGCGGCAGCUGCGGGAACGUGGCCAUCACCAGCGUGCAGGGCGGCUCCGGCUCCGGCUGCGGCUGCGGCUGCGCACGCUAACAUCAUCAACUACGAUGAAGUUAUUUUUGGCUUUCUUACUGCAAAACACGUACCUAUGCACAAUUGUGCUAAUUCAUUAAAAUGCAUUAACAAAAUAA